CAGGGUCCAAACGCCCCGCUGCGGCAGUUGUUUUCCAACGACGUGCUCGGCGCUCGGCUCCCCGCCCCUGUCAGGAGCGCCGAGUUGCUCGAUGGGACAGCAGCUGACGGCGCUUCCUCCUCCUCCUCCUCCUCCUCCUCCUCCUCGCGGUCAUUUCCGCGCCGGCCCUGGAAAGGAAGCAGGCAUCACUGUGGCCAGUCUUUGUGACUGAGAAUGGAACCCCAACGAAAUUGAUUUUUUUCCACCCCAUCUCUCUUCCUAGGAAGUGGGGCUCCCCUCAUCUCCUUGUAUUGGGCAAGUAAAAGCAACACGUUUAUGAAAAUAUGCCUCCAAAAUUCAAGCGCCACCUCAAUGAUGAUGAUGUUACUGGGUCAGUGAAAAGUGAGAGGAGGAACCUCCUAGAGGAAGAUUCAGAUGAAGAGGAGGACUUUUUCUUGAGAGGGCCAUCAGGUCCAAGGUUUGGACCCAAGAAUGACAAGAUCAGGCAUGUCCAAAACCAGGUUGAUGAAGUUAUUGAUGUCAUGCAAGAAAACAUCACCAAGGUGAUAGAAAGGGGAGAACGACUAGAUGACUUGCAGGAUAAGUCAGAUGAAGGUAAUUGUGGCUUUGGUUGCUGUUGGUGUCCUGCUAGUGAUUAUUGUUCCCCUCAUCCUCAAAUACCACACUUGACUUGCUGGUGGAUAUUGUGGUGGCUUCAGGAUGACAGCAUAGGAGGCAGCUGUGUGACUUCUGUGGAACAUAAUAUGUAUAUAGCUUUGAAGUGUGUCCCCCCUUCUCCCUUGGAGGCACCAGACUAGCUCCAGAAAGAGCAUUCAGAGGAUCCAGCAAAUCAUCCUGUUCAGCCAAGAACUCAUUCUAGUGUCAAUAUCUAAUCCAAACCCCCCAUUGUUCUCCCUGGAAGGAAGCUCAGUUUGGAGCCAGAUACUUAUUGCUAACUGGUAAUGAUGUUAUUUAUAAUUUACAGAAUUUCUUAUUACUUCUGACAGAGGACAAUGGAGGAAGAAUAAGGGAGGGAUGCAGUGUAUAAACUCUAUAUCAUUGUUUAGAGACAUACUUAGAUGAAUAACUGUGAAGAUGCCACUUUCUCAUAUUUAAAAAAACCACGAUUUUGCAAGGAGACUUUCUGUACUUGUUAAGGGACCCAGAAGCUCCAUGUUCUCGCUGUUGCUUAUGGAUGUGACAUAAAAGCAUUCCAGUAAAAAAACUAUUUUUAACUGUAACUAUGUAGCUCCUAGUAAAUUAUUGAAGAAAAGGAAACACUGUUUACUUGAAUGAAGACACACAGAAGAAAAGGAGACACCUUUUGGUCUGUGCAAGUGCAACCCAAACCAUGCAUGUGUUUUGCUGCCAAAUAAUUAAGAGUAAGCAAGUUUACAUGCCUCCUUUUAAAAAAAGGGGUCAGACUGUUUACGUUUCAACCAUUUUUAGAAAAAAAAAUAGUCUCCUACCUAUACCUUAGUAUACUUGGCUAGUCAGAUGCAAGUAAGUUCAGGUUAAGAAUAUGUGAGUAGGUUCACAUUUAAACUUCAUUCACCCGACAUCUGGUCUGACUUUUUACCAAAACGUGAGGAGCAGCUUUGAGACUUCCAGGGACUUCAGGUUUUUCUUUUCGUUUUAGGCACAGGACAACUGCACCAAAAUGACUACAUAAAGACAGGUUAUAAAUUAUGUUACUAUAACAUAAAAAGUGUCUGUUCACAUCUACUCCUCUGGGUAUUUAUUUAUUUGAAUAGAUACAGAUACAGAUAUAGAUAAUAUAGAUGCACAUACACGCGCACACUACGUAAUUAUAGAAUGCUCCCACACCCAUCCUACCUGGUAGUAUUCGGACCUCCCUGCCAAUGAUGCAGGUGGAAGGCAGUAGGGAGCAGCAGCAAGGUGUGGCGAUGGCGCUGCGUGUGUCACACCACAGACUAGCCUGCUGCCCUCAGGUGCCCUGGUAUGUUCAAUGUUUCCAGACCCAGAAUCCACUUUUAACCCGAACAUGCAUUUGAGGACCCAUUUCUUAAUUUCUUCUUGCCAUGUAUUUGCAUGGGGGGGGCUCCUGUUGUGGCCCCCCUUGGGUCAGGCUUCAGCCCACCAGAUGCAAGAUCAGGGCAGCAGGUGAUGAUACAUUGCCAGUGUUAGUCAGAGUCAUCAGUUCGUGCAGGAGCAAAAAGGGAGGGAUACCAUUGCCUAGGACAGUGCAGCUUAGGUUUAACUAAGGUCAGACUAAGCAGGGCUUCUGGCUUUAAGACAGGUGAGGUAUGGAGAUUGAGCGUUUUGUUCAGCCUGCAGCCUUUUUGCAACAAUGCACUUACAACAUUUUAAAUUACUAGCUUGAAUUCCAGGGGACUGAAUACCCGUGAAAUAAAG